AUGAGAGAGAGUUUUAAUUCUGCUUUUUUUUUUAAAAAAAAAAUCAAAAAAAGUCUUGACGGCCGAUUGCGGAUUUCAUAUCCUUCACGAUUUCCCCCCUUCUGCAACAUUAGAGAUUCCAUCGUGUUAUUUUUUUAAAUGGACUUCUUUUCUGGCUGUUUGAAUUUGGCUGUAUAUUUUGCUCCGUCCUGUUUGAGGCGGUUUGGUGGAACUUUCUUUCCUGUUUAUCUGUUUCUAUAUUUUAACCCAUUAUGUAAUGCUCCUCCGGGUGUUUUUGUUAAAUAGAAAAAAGUGUAGAUUGGUAUUUUAAAAUCAUUUUGGGUGGCGAUGGAAGAGAAGAAGGAGUAGGGUGAGAUUCCUUGAUUCCAGAUCAGGAAUGUUGUCUUGGGGCGGGGGGUAUUCUGAUUUGGAACGCGCCAAGAUUCUGAUUUGGAACUUUGGGAGUCCCCACCCACUUUUUUUUUGUUACUUCUGCUGCCCCAGUUUGGCUUAAAAGGGGCAUCAGUUCAUCCUGGCCACUCGGACAGAGAGAGCCCCCAUCGCCCUUGCUCUGUGCACCUACUCACCGCCCCACCCCCUCAAAUAAAGGUUAAGUCUCUCGCCUCCCCUCCCAAGAAGGCGAUUAGUACCAGGAGUUAUACCACUGAGAGGUGUACAAAAAGUGGGAGAGAGGGGGGAGGCUUAUUGGGAAGAGGGUGUUAGGGAGUGAAAUCUCGCUGGAGCACUCUUAUCAACUUUCUUAUUUGUUUCUGAUACUUCCUUUCAAGUUUCUCCGAACAUGUUGGAAAUGGGGCAUUAUUUGGAUGUGAUAUUUAUGAGUGGAAGGCUGUUGUUUUUGGUAAGGUGCGGGGAGGAGAGGGUGGUUCUGUAGUGCGUACCUGUCAAUAUUGUGACUGCAGUGGUCAGGGGAUGGCUUGUUAGUGGACUCCACUCCAGGAGUGAGGAGGAGUUGGGGUAAUGGGGCUGGGGAGAACCUACAGGGUGCAGCGCUGUAUAACAACCCCUACCAGUAACUUGCCCUUUGUCAGUUGAGUUGUCCCAAGGAACACGGGGGGUGGGGGGACAGUCUCAUUGGUGCUGACUGCUGCCUGGUGAGCCACAAACCAUUCUCUUUGCCUGUUCAAUGUAAACAAGAUUUUUGUUGUGUUGCUGACCAUGACGUCAAAUUCAUUACUGUACCCUACAGUGGUCUCUCUCUUUCACUCUCUCUCUCUGCCCCAUAAUAGCUAUCAGUUACGAUAGACUUCAGCUCAGUUCCUUAGGAGAGGGAAGACCGAUGACUAUCUGAUUUAAAUCUUUUAAAAAUCCGAAGGUGUUGGACAGGAUGGAGAACAAGAUGAUUAGCUACAACAACAACAUCAACGCAGGCAGCUCGAGUGUGCCCCUGCUGGACAGGAAGGCAGUCGGGACCCCGACGCUGAUGGACUAUCAGAGGAGACAUUCUGUCGCCCUUGUCAACGCUAACUCCAAGUUCAACCAGAACCAGCUGCUGAACAGCUUCAAGCUGGAGCAGAGUGGUACCACCGCCGGGGCCAACAAGGAGAACAAAUUCCGGGACCGCUCCUUUUCUGAGACGGGCCUGCAGAAAGCCCAGAGCCAGGUCAACUCCAGCCGCUACAAGACAGAGUUGUGCCGCCCCUUUGAGGAGAACGGAUCAUGCAAGUACGGUGACAAGUGCCAGUUCGCUCACGGCAUCCAUGAGCUGAGGAGCUUGGCCAGGCACCCCAAGUACAAGACUGAGCUCUGCCGCACCUUCCACACCAUCGGAUUUUGCCCGUACGGCCCUCGCUGCCACUUCAUCCACAACGCGGAGGAGAGGCGCCUGUCCCCCGUUCACGACCAGCAGCAUCUCCCACUCUCCUCCUCCAACAAGAUCGACCGGCCUCGCCUGCAACACAGCUACAGCUUCUCUGGCAUCUCCAGUUCCUCCAGUGGGUUGCUGGGCAGCCCCACUUCGAUCACCCCUCCGCCCAUUUUCAGCUCUGAGGACCUCAGCUCCUCCCCCACACUGCCAGACUGCGCCAGCAACCCUUUCACCUACUCGAGCCAGGAACUACCCAAUCUGUUUGCACCCAGCAUUGGCAUCCAGGUUCCCAUGACCUCCGUCAACAAUGGCACCCAUUCGCCUUCCUUCCUGCUCCGGUCUUUGGCUGAGUCGCCCCAUCUCUAUGAGCCUCCCCCGAGCCCUCCAGACUCGAUGUCCGACAGCUACCUGAGCAGCUCUGGGAGUGUGAGCGGGUCAGAGUCUCCUACCCCUGACCUCAGCAAGCGUCUCCCCAUCUUCAGCAGACUCUCUAUUUCGGAUGAUUAACUUGACCUUUCUCCAGUGCUGGAAGAAGCAGAGAGCUGUCAAAAACAAGUGCCCCUAAUCUGAGCUAGCAUUUAAGACAAACUGUUGUGAUUUCUUUUUGAAAACAACAAGUCCAGGUAGCCAACUUUUGACACACGUACAAGGGUUAGAAUUGACUUGCCAAACCCAAACUCACCAACUACAUGCAGUGUCAACUGAUGACCUUCAAUGUAUUUAUCUUCCAAGUUUCCAAUUUGAUAGCAAGGGGGACAGCAAUGACUGCACGCCUAUCUCUCAUUUUUUAAUCAUUCAUCCAGUUUGUGUUUUUUUGGAAAAUCAGAAUGGUCAAUUUUUAAAAAUACUAUUUUUUUUUGUUUGUUUUCCUCGUCCUGUAUCUAAUUUGAUAGCCCAACAAUUUUUGAAUUUGGAGGCAAGAGUCAUCCUUGGAUAAUCUGUGGUUGAUUGGGGAUUGGCCUAGGUGAGUCAAGGCACUUUGUGACAGGAUCUGAAGUGAAUUUGUUGUCAAAACAGCUACCUAUCUGCCUGGUCUUAAGUUCUUGAGUGCGGUUUUGAGAAUCUUUUGAAGAGAGUAUUUUUUUUUAAAAGAGAGCUGAAUGGUGUAAUUUGCCGAAUCAGACCUUUAAUGUAGCAAAACAGGAAUCUAUAUUUGAUUAGCUAUAAUUUACCUUCUCCCUGUUUUAACCCGCCACCCCCCACCCCACAACUCCUUCUCAAUUGGUGCGUCCCUCUGCAAUGAUAGCAUUGAGUGAGUGUGUCUUUUUUGCAUGAGCUGGUGGGGUUAUUGAUGCAAGCUGACUUAAAUUUUGUUGCCUCAUGCUUUUGGGUGCAGAUGAGACCAGGCACCAGGAGACAUCUAGCAUCUCUCUAAGCCACCUCUGUUUCUCCCCGUACACCUCCCCAACUCAACCCUCCUUCCUUGCCCAUGUCUUUGGAUCCCUUGUCCCACCCCCAUGCAAUUUCUCUUUAAGUAGUUCGUCGGUUCCAGGGACUGAAGUUAAUUUGGGAUUGAUUGUGAAUAGAUGCAUAUUGUGGUGAAACAAAGCACAGGGCUUGGGAUUAAGAAAUAAAACUGUGAGGGGAGUGGAAUAGGGACUAACUGACCUGGGUGGACAAUUACUGCUACAUUUUAUUUCUUUCAAAUGAAUGUUAGAGUUCUGGCUGCCUUGUUUUAUUUUAAACCGUUUCAGUUGUCCAAAUUGACCCUGGUAAUUUUUUAUUUGUUUGACUGGUUCUGGUGGGGGAUGGGUUGAAGAAUGGAGUGGGAGUGGAACUGUGAAAGUUUCUUAAGCAAAUUUAAAAAAUAGUUUUUGUCAGAGAGGGACAGAGAGUGAGUGAGAGAAAUAGUUUAACCAGCUAGCCUUGAACUUUGCCAAGUUAGUUCAUUUUAUUUCUUUUUUUUUUAUCCCCCCCAUUUUAAAAAAAAAAAUCGGCAGAAUGUUAAAGGAUUUAAAGAUAUCGCUUGUCACUGCACACACAUACACACAUACACAAAAAAUUGCUUAUUUAACUUAUCAAAAACAUAUUUAUUGCCAAACAUAUGCAUUUUUGUUUGUAUUUAUCACAAUGACGAACCAUAGAAAUAUAUUUUUCUUUUAUGUUUAAAUUAUGAUCUUAUUAAUCUGAAGAUUGAGGUUUUCCUUUUUGUUAUUUUCGUUUCCACAGUUUAAUAUAUUAUACUACAAUGACGAGGGUUUUUGUAACGUUACUCUUCAGUUAUUUUAUUUAAUAAAAAAAGUAAUUUAAAAACACAAAAACAUUUGAAUUUAUUUAUUUUGUAGUUUUCCCCCCUGCCUUUUAAAAAGUAAAAUAAAUCGAUCUUCUCAUGUAUUUUUUAUGGCAGCCAUGCGCUCACUGCCUUUAGGCUCUUGUUGCCAACAGCAGCCUAGCAUUUUUUUUAGGCUUUUUGACUUAAUUUCCUUGAUACAAGAGACUGUUACGAAGGUGUGGGCUCAGUAAUGUGACACAAAAGUGCCUGUCGGAACACAUUCCAAGCAUUGAUGUAUGCUUUCUGUGUAACUAAUAAUACUAUUUUUAUUAUUGAUAGGCCCUGGUCCCUCCCUCUCUUGGAGAGAGACAACCAGGAGUUGGCACACAGGGAAGUUGAAUGUAUUUUUCCUUCACUGUUCACUACAUGGUUUAUUUUCUAUGUCUGUUUAUACAGAAUGCUUUUUUGUAAUGACUGGUUCAAAUGUAAAUCAAUAAAACCCCAAUGGUUUUGUUUUCCAAA